CCGAGGCGCAAAGGCAUCCGGCGGCCACUUCACCUGUGUGAUGACUUAACUGUGUGAAAUCUGUCUUGCAGAAACAGUUCGGAUGCUCAGUGUGCUCUGGUGUUUCUCUGCUGCUGAGCGGACUGACAGUAAAAGCUGAAACUGCAGGUAGAAAAAAAAGAUACUUAGAGGUCCCGCUUGUUUCCGCAGCGGGUUGGUUGGAUCCGACGCAGCGACUUGUUGCCCCAGCGGAGCCCUGAGGGGGCCUCGGUUGUUGUGUUGCGUGUCCGAUAUACAAGUCAGCGACAGGACUUAAAAGCCUGCUGUAAGGAUGAUGUCCUACAUAAAGCAACCCCAUUACACCAUGAAUGGGUUAAAUUUGCCUGGCCCCGGAAUGGACGUGCUACACACAACUGUCGCUUAUCCAUCCACUCCCCGGAAGCAGCGCAGAGAGCGCACCACCUUCACCCGGACACAGCUGGACAUCCUGGAGGCAUUGUUCUCUAAGACCCGCUACCCAGACAUCUUCAUGAGGGAGGAGGUGGCCCUCAAGAUCAACCUGCCUGAGUCACGUGUGCAGGUUUGGUUUAAAAACCGUCGUGCCAAGUGCCGUCAGCAGCAGCAGCAGAGCAGUGGCCAGUCCAAGCCCCGCCCACCUAAAAAAAAGGCCUCUCCAGUGCAGGAACCCAGCGCCCCUGAUCCUGUCCCUAACCCACCUGGCUCCUACAGCCCCUCCUCUGCCCAGUCAGGCCCCAGCCUGGCCCCGAGCUCCAGUACUGGAAACACUGCCGUGUCCAUCUGGAGCCCAGCCAUCUCGCCGCUGCCCGACCCACUGGCCUCCUCCUCGGCCCCCUGCAUGCAGCGGCCCUCACCUUACCCUAUGAGCUAUGGCCAGCCGUCGGCCUACACCCAAGGCUACGCCAGCACCACCUCCUACUUCACCGGCCUGGACUGCAGCGCCUACCUGUCCCCCAUGCACUCGCAGCUGUCAGGCACCGUGGGCGCCCUCAGUCCCAUCACUGUGCCCUCAAUGGGGGGCUCCCUAAGCCAGUCCCCAGCCUCGCUGUCUUCACAGGGCUACAGCACAGCCUCCUCCCUGGGCUUCACCUCUGUUGACUGCCUGGACUACAAGGACCAGCAGGCCUGGAAACUGGGCUUCACCACCAUGGACUGCCUGGACCAUAAGGACCAAAACUCCUGGAAGUUCCAGGUCCUCUAAAGAGCUGGAAAGGGUGGUGUUCAUGUGUGUCAACAAGUCCAUGUGAGAUAGUGUGAAGCAGUUCUGCCAGAAGACUUGUUAACUUUGAUUUUCAGUUUUUUGUUUGUAAGAUUUUGUUUUAUUUUCUAAAGGUGACCUCUGUAGAAAUGCAUUUUAUCUGAAAGACUUUGAAGAUGAAGAGACCAGAGACUGUCAUCAAUGCUGCCUCACUGCAAAUCAUAUCUGCCGUCUUCUUCAUGCUUCGUUAAAUGAGAGAACAAAAGCCUUUAAUGAGUUUGUAGGGAAAUACUGGAGUUGUGCAUAUGAAAACACGCUGGGCCAUCUCUUCCUUUAACAUGACUGUCUGACACAUACACACAACAUGUGUUUCAUUUUGUUCCAAACUUUCAUUGUUAUAGAGUGAAAGGAGAGCUGCUCUGACAAGAAGGAGCUCUGGAAUCCUGUAAGUCACCUCCUCCUUCAGGGUUUGAUUAUUAUUAUUAAGCUAUUUACUAUAAUUUUAUGCUACAUUUAAAUAUGUAAUUUGGUUGCUUUUAGAUAUUUUUGAGAUAUUUGUGUAGAGUAUUACAUUGUUAGCCUUUAGUUUUAUCAUACCAAUCUGUCUGAUGACAAAAUAGAUCUUCUGUUUUAGUUGUGUGACAUAUUAAAGUGAUUAUUCUUUACACUUUGUGCACUGAUAAUCAUUGAGAUUCUCUGACGUGUUUGCAAGCAAUAGUGAAUGUCAUGAAAUUUUCUGAUUCUGAUAGAGUUAGAGUUAUAAACUGAUCUACAUUCAGAGGUCAGUAUGAAGUCUGGACACAGUGGAUGUAAAGUGGCCUCGUGGUGGUCAGGUCUAGACCUGUCAUGUUUGUCAAAUGGCCUGCAUGGCUCUCACUGGUCCAUCUUGGUUAUUUUAGUUUAUCUGAUUCUGGGAGUGUCCCAAUCCUCUUAGCCUCCCUUCAGCAAUGCCCUAAGUGAAUUAUUUAGGAUUAUCCCCCCCCCCCGUCUCUCUCACCCAUCUCACCCACCUCGGCCUUCUCUUUCCUUUCCUGGCUUUCUCCUUGCUUCCCUCCCAUCUUUUCUAUCUUUAUCCAUCUCUCCAACCAGCUUCAUGUGUAUCCCACUUGUUCUGUGUGUAUUCCCUCCCUCCCCCCAAAUAACUUGUUCCAAAAUGUCUGAAUCAUUGAAAACAAUGCAGUUUAAUAAAGUGUUUUUACUACA